AUGGCAGAAAAGAUCAAGGGAGAGGAUGGUUUGAAGAAGGGUGUAGACUCAUUCUACAGGCAUUUACCUCUGUUAAACAUGAGGUGUGAUUUAGAUUCUACCAGAGUAGCAGUGUGGUGGUCCACAGAAUAUGUGACCAACUUUCCAUCUUUCGCUCGCACACACCUAACAUUACCCCUAUUUAGUGUAUAA